CAUUGCUUGGAGAAGGUCACCUUCUCCAAUGUGUACCUGAAUGAUGUUGAUGAGGAUCCUCUGGACUCUAGGAAACCAUGUGAGUGAUGUGUUUCAGCCAAGAACUAUCCCCUGAGAUGAGCACUUGAAGGGCUGAUGCUUUUCCAACUAUUGUUGACCAAAGAGCUUUUGUCUUAACUUGGACAUAGAGAUGGAAUCCACUCAGGGCCAACCACUACAGGGAGAGGAGACCUUGCUCAUGGCUAGAGUGGGCCUCUUUGGGCUGGGGAGAGGGUGGGAUUGCACAUAAGUUCUGUGCUGUAUGUUGAUGCCUACUUCCUGUGAAUACCUGUGCUUUCCACUUAGACCAAAAAGAUUUCACUCUGUCUUCCCCAGCUGGAGCAGAUCUGCUUUAUAAUAUGGAGUCAUGUUUGUUUCUUCUGGGGGAGUAAUACUGCUAACUAUAUCGUAAAAAUCCCUUAGGAGACUUGCUUCAGCUCAGACGGGCUUUGGUGAACUCACCUGGGUUGCUUUCUCAGGGAGGACCUUAAAUUAUCUGAUGUGGGAAUAAUAAAGAGGGUUUGUUAUUUCCUGGUCUUUGAAGCAUCUGUGCCUCCAAAGUCAUUAUCCUACAUUCCCAGGCAUGAGGAACCUGGGAGGUAAGAGCUAAAUUACUGGCCCUAGUAGCUACCUAGUUUCGAGGAUUAUUAGGUCUUAUUUGAAUAAAGCCAAGGCUAGUGUAGUGUUUUGAUGGGUUGGGACUUAAUGUGUUCAUCUUUCCAAGACCAUUCAUAAUAGAAGGCUGAGAAAGCGGGGGCCUUCUUUUGGUCUGGGAACUGUGGGCAGCCAGAGCAUGGUCUAUCACUUUCCAUAGCCAUGGGACCAUGGGACCUUGGGAUGUCAGUCUAUUUGAUUGUCCCGAAGUGCAGCAAGAAGAGGUCUGGUUUGCUUCGCGCCAGCUCUAGUUUGACACAAUACUCAGUUUAGCCGGGAUAGGGAUCAGCCUGCAGCGUCACUGUUUUCCGCCCCAGUCCAUUGCAGGACACUACUGGUAGAAAUGGGAACCCACUCCCAGGCGAUUCCCAAGAGGUACCGUGUUAAGUCCCAGGAUUCCGCACGGCUAGCGGGCCGCUUAUCCUAGCCGAUCCAGCGCUCCGCCCCGCCCCGAAGUGUGUCCAAUCAGAGCGAACUGCUCAGCCUUGGGUUUGUUGCCAUAACUUCCGGUUCAGUACCGGAAGUCGUGCGGUGGAGCGAAAUUUGAAGGAAGUGGAGCUGCGGCAGUUCGGCCAUCAAAUUGGAUCUGUUGCAGUUUCCCGGGCUAGUCUGGCCACUUGAGUCGAGCCAUCAUGCCUAUCCGCGCCCUGUGCACUAUCUGCUCCGACUUCUUCGAUCACUCACGCGACGUGGCUGCCAUCCACUGUGGCCACACUUUUCACCUGCAAUGCCUAAUCCAGUGGUUUGAGACAGCACCAAGUCGGACCUGCCCACAGUGUAGAAUCCAGGUUGGCAAAAAGAGUAUUAUCAAUAAGCUUUUCUUUGAUCUUGCCCAGGAAGAGGAGAGUGUCUUGGAUGCAGAAUUCUUAAAGAAUGAGCUGGACAGUAUGAGAGCCCAUCUUUCCCAGAAAGAGAGGGAGAAACGGGACAGCCAGUCCAUUAUCGACACUCUACGGGACACCUUGGAAGAACGCAAUGCCACUGUGGAGUCCCUGCAGAACGCCCUAGACAAGACACAGAUGCUGUGUUCCACUCUGAAAAAGCAGAUGAAAUUCCUGGAACAGCAGCAGGAUGAGACCAAGCAAGCUCGGGAGGAGGCCCGCCGACUCAAGAGCAAGAUGAAAACCAUGGAGCAAAUUGAGCUCCUACUCCAGAGCCAGCGGUCUGAGGUGGAGGAGAUGAUCCGCGACAUGGGUGUGGGACAGUCAGCGGUGGAGCAGCUGGCGGUGUACUGCGUGUCCCUCAAGAAAGAGUAUGAGAAUCUGAAAGAAGCACGGAAGGCCUCAGGGGAGCUGGCUGACAAGUUGAGGAAGGACUUGGCCUCCUCUAGGAGCAAGUUGAAGACUGUCUACACUGAGCUGGAUCAGACCAAGUUGGAACUGAGGUCAGCCCAGAAGGACUUAGAGAGUGCUGAUAAGGAAAUCACGAGCCUAAGAAAGAAGCUAACGAUGCUGCAGGGAACCUUGAAUCUGCCUCCAGUGGCCAGUGAGACCGUCAGCCGCCUGGUUUUUGAGAGCCCAGCCCCCGUGGAGAUGUUGAACCCGAGGCUCCACCGGCCAUCCUUCAGUGAUGAGAUUGACCUCAAUGCUACCUUUGAUGUAGAUACCCCUCCAGUCCAGACCUCCAGCUCCCAGCAUGGCCACCCCAAGAAGCUCUGCCUGGAGAGGGCAUGCUCUCCAGUGCAGGACGUCCUCAAGAAGACACCUAAAGUCUCCAAGCAGGAGUCCCAGCUCUCACUGGGUGGUCAGCGCUGUGUAGGAGAGCUAGACGAGGAACUGGCUGGUGCCUUCCCUCUCUUCAUCCGGAAUGCUGUCCGGGGUCAGAAACAGCCCCACAGGACCACUGCAGAUUCCCGUUGCAGCACAGAUGCGGUAAGAGUAGGCUUCGAUGGGCUUGGAGGACGAACAAAAUUCAUCCAGCCUACAGACACAGCCAUUAUCCGGCCGAUGCCUGUGAAGCCCAAGGCCAAGAGUAAGCAGAAAGUGAGAAUAAAGACCCUGAAUUCUUCCUCCCAACCCAAGCUGGACACCUUCCUGUGGCAGUGAGCAGUGACCAGAGUCAUGUCUCCAAUUAGUAGGCCAAGACCUUUGCCAACCCAGGAGUGCUUUGGGAGAUGGCUCCUCUUCCUGGACAGUGCAAGAGGGGUAGCAGAAACUGCACUUACUGUGUUCGCCUUGCCCUGCACCACACGGAUUCACCUCUGGGAGCUGAUAUGACCAGGUUACAGUUCCGGUCAGCAGGACCUGCUUUUAGUUGAGGGUUUUGCAUAUAGCUACAACCAGAUAUGGCUGAGCUCCUUCUGUUUUUAUAGACCGGGGUCACAUGUGAGUCUAGGUGAAAGUACUGGAGGAUUCCUAAGCAGGCGAGCCUGAACUUCUGCCUGCCUUCAGCUGCGUCUUGCUCAGUGUGUCUGAGCUUGAACUAGGGGAUGUUAGGGAAGUGGGGGAAGUUUUCCAUGUAAAAUAAAAAGGCUUCUUUUC